AUGGCCGGUGGUAGCAGUGCCGAGCAUCAGCUCCUCUCCAGGAUCGCCGCCGGCGAUGGCCACGGCGAGAACUCGUCCUACUUCGACGGGUGGAAGGCCUACGAAAUGAACCCUUUCGACCUGCGCCGCAACCGCGACGGCGUCAUCCAGAUGGGCCUCGCCGAGAACCAACUGUCGCUUGACCUGAUCGAGCAAUGGAUCAUGGAGCACCCGGAGGCGUCCAUCUGCACGGCGCAGGGCGCGUCGGAGUUCCGGAGGAUAGCAAACUACCAGGACUACCACGGCCUGAAGGAGUUCAGAGAGUUCUCGCCGUAG